AUGGCACCAGCACUAGACCACCCUUCCACACCCACCAGCAAACGUCAGCUAGCUAUUCCAGCCACAGGGAAUAAUGAAAGAGAAGGAACAGCCAACUCUCCAUUUAAUGAUCUACCCGCGGAUAUUGAUUUGAGCAUCCUUCAAGAUCCUCCGCCACAACCACUCACUCCAGACACAGACUAUUGUCAAGCGCUGCUCAGCAAGGGCCCGCCACUCGGUCGUCAGUUUAUCGAUUGCUUGCAAGACGCUUCCACUCCCCAAGUCACCGCGUCAGCCGUGAUGGGUGUCAUUUCCAUCAUCUUGAGCUUGUGUGUCGUCGUACGCAUCGUGCGCAAGUCCAUCAAGAUACAGCUGCGCGUUAUACGCUGA